AACAUUUUCAAGAGCUCGAUCACUUUUCCACGUCGCUGACAGAAUAAAGUUGAAAAUGGCACAGGAAGGUGUAGACGAGCUUUUUGAAAUAAGAACAGCUUUCUUUACUGGAGAUUACCAGCACUGUAUUAACGAGGCCCAUAAAUUAAAGUCGUCAAACCAGGAGACAAAGAUUAAACGAGAUGUGCUGAUGUACCGUGCCUACCUGUCACAGAAAAAGUAUGGUGUAUGUUUGGAUGAAAUCAGUUCGGCUAGUCCAGAUGAGCUACAAGCAGUCAAGAUGUAUGCUGACUACCUGUCUAAUGAAUCAAAAAGAGAUUCGCUAGUGGGUGACCUUGAUUCAAAGAUGAGCGGAAACUUUGAUGUCAGUAACAGUACUUUUCUGGUGAUGGCAGCCUCCAUUUACUACCAUGAACAGAAUUAUGAUUCUGCUCUACGUACUCUGCACCAGUCGGACAAUUUGGAAUGUCUGGCCCUUACAAUACAGAUCCUACUAAAGCUUGACCGAGUGGAUCUGGCAAGGAAAGAACUCAAGAGGAUGCAGGAGGUCGAUGAAGAUAGUGUAUUGUUCCAGUUGGCUCAAGCUUGGUUCAACUUAGCUGUUGGAGGUGAGAAGUUCCAAGAUGCGUACUACAUAUUCCAGGAGCUAGCAGACAAACAUUCUCCUACUCCCCUCUUACUCAACGGUCAGGCAGCAGCCUACAUGGGGCAGAGCAAGUUUGAUGAUGCAGAGUCUGUGCUUCAGGAGGCUAUGGAUAGGGAAUCCAAUAAUUCAGAAACACUGGUGAACAUGAUUAUAUUGUCACAACAUCUAGGCAAGGCUCCAGAGGUGAGCAACAGAUACAUUUCCCAGCUGAAGGAUUCCCACCGAAGUCAUCCAUUCAUUAAAGACUAUCUACACAAGCAAAGUGAAUUUGAAAGAAUAUCAAGGAAUUACUCAGCAACAGUUGCAUCAUAGCCACUUACAAGGAUUUUAUGUUGUUGAUUGGACACAGGUUUUCUCGGGAACAACUUGACAAAAAUCAGGGAUCAGAUAUCAAGAUUCCAGACUGCAGCCAUAUUGAACAGCUUCAAGUGAACCACUACAUAGCUUAUCCUUUGAGGAACAUCAUCUGUUGGGAAAAGCUUGGACAUUUCCAUAGCAAAAUGUCCGUUAUGUACCAGAUAUACCUUUGCUGUAAUUGGAUGACCUGAACAUUAAAUCUCAAGCAUGCUGGUCGACCUUGAUUCUUAAUUGACAAACAAUUCUGAAAGGCAAAUAACUUGUGAAAAAUGAGCAAUCACUUGCCUUUAAAUAUUUGAAAUAAAAAAAAAGUAAGUUGGUGAAUUGAAUAUCUUCUGUGAUGGUUUAAUGCAAAAGUUUGUAAAAUUAUAGAUUUGGAACAGUCGUGUUGUUUGACAACAAAUGAUAAGUUAUAUUUAUAUUUCAUCAGUUUGGGAUAUUGUCAUUUUGUGUACAUAUUUCAGUUAUAUGUUGUGGUCAUUAAAUAUGUGAUAACCAUUGUGA